AUGAAAUUUGUGGAAGCAGACAGUCAUUAUAAUAUCUUUGCUCGCGUUUUUAUAUUAAGCCUUAUUUUUGUACGCACUAAUGCUGAUGACAAAAUUUUUAGUGUCAUUUCCUAUGGUGCCAAAGCAGAUGGAGUGACAGAUGAUAGUGAGGUAUUUUUGAAAGCUUGGAUGGAUGCAUGCAAAUGGAAUGGAGAAGCUACAUAUUUGAUACCUUUAGGAACUUAUAUGAUAUAUGGUGCAAAUUUUAAUGGACCAUGUAAAGGAUCCUUGAUUGUUAAAAUUCAAGGAGUUAUUAAAGCUUCAACAAAUCCAAAAAUAUUUUGCAAGGGUUCUUGGAUUUCUUUUGAAUAUUUAAAUAACUUAGAGAUUGAAGGAGGUGGAACUUUAGAUGGACAAGGAGCUUCUGCUUGGGGACAAUCUCAAUGUGCAACUCGUCCUUAUACUAUUGGAUUGAGUUCUAUCCAAAAUGCAAUUGUGCACGAUAUACACUCUAUCAAUAGCAAGAUGUUCCAUUUCGAUAUCUAUAAUUGCAAUAACGUGACAUUAAGUCAUGUAAAUAUAAUUGCACCAAGUGAUAGUCCCAACACCAAUGGAAUUCACAUUAGUUUAUCGUCAAAUAUUAGAGUUUUCGAUUCCAACAUUGGUACUGGAGAUGAUUGUAUAUCUAUAUUUGCUGGAAGUCAAAAUGUUAAUAUUUCUGGAGUCACUUGUGGCCCUGGCCAUGGAAUAAGCAUUGGAAGCUUAGGGAAUAAGCCAAAUGAAGUUGUGAAGGAUGUACAUGUGAAAAAUUGUACUCUUAUUGCUACUCAAAAUGGAAUGAGGAUUAAGUCUUGGGCAUCAUCAAAUGUUGGUGAAGCAACAAGUAUUAGUUUUGAGGAUAUUAUAAUGGACAAGGUGAAUAAUCCUAUUAUUAUUGAUCAACAUUAUUGUCCUUCACAUACUGCAAAAAGCUUAGUGCAAAUCAAGAAUGUGACAUUCAACAACAUAAGAGGAACUUCAAAUUCAUUGGUAGCUGUGUAUUUCAAUUGCAGUUCUUCAUUGCCUUGUCAAAAAAUCAAUCUUAAUGAUAUUAAGUUGAUUACUGAUAAUAACUCUAAACCUACAAUUGCAUCGUGUGCUAAUGCUAUAGGACACGCCACGGGCAUCGAGUUACCUCCGAGUUGCUUAAAGCCUGCUCUUGAAUCUUGA